UAAUUAUAAUCUUUCUCUUCGUAGCUCAGGCCAGUCAAAUCCAACCUUUUACCUUCAGAAGGGUGGGCAGGCGUAUGUGCUCAGGAAGAAGCCCCAUGGCCCCCUUUUACCUAGAGCUCAUGCGGUCGAUAGAGAGUAUCGUGUGCAGAAAGCCUUAUUUUCAGCUGGAUUUCCAGUGCCUGAGCCCCUGUUAUAUUGCUGUGACGUUUCUGUCAUUGGAACAGAAUUUUAUGUAAUGCAGCAUGUGCAGGGUCGCAUCUUCCGAGACCUCUCACUGCCUGAAGUGGGCCCAGCAGAGCGUUCUGCUUUGUAUAUUGCAAUGAUAGAAACUUUGGCCCUGUUGCACUCCUUUGAUUUACGGUCGUUGGGUCUCCAAGGGUAUGGUAGAGGACCAGGAUACUGCAGAAGACAGGUAUCAACUUGGAAAAGACAAUAUGAUGCAGCUGCUCAUACAGAUAUUCCUGUCAUGAACGAGCUGGCUGAGUGGUUAGCAAACAACUUGCCACCUGAUGAUAAUGAAGAAAGCCUGAUUCAUGGGGACUUUAGAAUAGAUAACAUCAUCUUCCACCCAACAGAGGCUCGUGUUUUGGCAGUGCUGGACUGGGAACUUUCAACUGCUGGUCAUCCUUUAGCAGAUUUAGCGUAUGCCACUUUAUUCUACUUCUGGCCUACAUCUAUUAAGGACUUAGGUCAAGGAACUGUCUUGGGUUUCAAAGACGCCGUAGAAACUCCUUCUUUGAAAGAACUCAUUUCCAUUUACUGCCGCUGCCGGGGUAUUAACACUACUUUAUCCAACUUUAAUUUUUUUCUUGCUUUGUCGUGUUUUAAAAUGGCAGCAAUAUUCCAGGGUGUAUAUGCUAGAUAUCUCAUUGGAAAUGCUUCUGCAGAGAAUAGUCAUGAGUUUGCUAAGAUUGUGAAGCCUUUGGCAGAGCAAGGGUUAGAGCUCUCAAAAAGGUCAUCGUUCAGCAGCACACAUCACAGCAUUUCUGUAGAGCUGUUCCAUCAAAGUAGGAAAGGCCAAGAAAUUUUGCUGAAGGUCAAGCAGUUCAUGAAGCAGCAUAUAUAUCCAGCUGAGAAGGAAAUAAUAGAAUACUAUGCUGGACUUGGAAAUACUGAGGAAAAAUGGAAGAAACCACCACUGCUUGAGAGACUGAAGGAAAUGGCCAAAGCAGAAGGUCUGUGGAACCUUUUUCUCCCAGCUGUCAGUGGUCUCAGCCAGCUUGACUAUGCGCUAAUAGCUGAGGAGAUGGGGAAGUGCUUCUUUGCUCCUGAGGUUUUCAACUGUCAUGCACCAGACACUGGAAACAUGGAGGUCCUGCACAUGUAUGGGACUGAAGAGCAAAAGAAAGAGUGGCUGGAGCCUCUCCUAGAAGGGAAGAUUAGUUCUUGCUUCUGCAUGACAGAACCUGAUGUGGCUUCAAGUGAUGCCACCAAUAUGCAAUGCAGCAUUGAGCGAGAUGGAGACAGUUAUGUGAUCAAUGGCAAGAAGUGGUGGAGCAGUGGUGCUGGGAACCCAAACUGCAAAGUUGCAAUUGUAAUGGGCAAAACCAAAAACUCCUCGGCAUCCAGGUACGAGCAGCACAGUAUGAUUAUUGUUCCCAUGGACACACCGGGGCUGAAGCUGAUAAGACCCCUCUCAGUGUUUGGCUACCUGGACGAGAUCCAUGGAGGGCAUUUUGAGAUACACUUUAAUAACGUGCGAGUACCUGUCUCCAAUAUAAUACUGGGUGAGGGCAGGGGGUUUGAGAUAGCUCAAGGUCGGCUUGGGCCAGGCCGUAUCCAUCACUGCAUGAGGUCCCUCGGUGCGGCUGAAACCGCUCUACAGAUAAUGUGCCAGCGCGCAGCACAGAGAGAGACUUUCGGGAAGAAGCUGUAUCGCCACGAGGUUGUUGCCCACUGGAUUGCUGAGUGCCGCCUUAGCAUAGAACAGGCUCGACUGCUUACGCUAAAAACAGCCAGCAAGAUCGACAUGUUGGGCAACAGAAAAGCAAGGAAAGAGGUAGCCAUGACCAAAGUGGUCGUCCCUCGAGCUGUGCUUAAAGUGAUUGACUGUGCAAUCCAAGUGUGUGGGGGAGCUGGAGUUUCCCAGGAUUUUCCUUUGGCUUCUAUGUUUGCUUACGUACGGACCUUGCGCUUGGCAGACGGGCCCGAUGAAGUUCAUCUCUCAACAAUCGCAAGGUGGGAACUCCUUGAUCAGUCAAAGCAGCUAACUGCCAAAAUCUAACGUCUGCGUGAAGCUCUCUCAACUGGAGGGGAGAGUUAGAAAAGGUUUUGUUUAGUGCAAUAAUGUUGUUUAAAGUAGAAUUGGAUGAACAGGAAAACUUGAUUCUCGCUUGAAGCAAUACAUGUUCUCUCACUAUUUGUAAUUAUU